UACUAGGAGGAGUAAAACACUCCUCACCUGAGAAAGCAAUCACCGAGAACGUUAGGCGGCCUUUUCUUCCAAGGACAUCACGCUCAUACUUUGCUUGAUUUUAAGAAUGACAGGAACGAAACGACUUGCAUGGCAUCUACUUCUGACACUAACAGUGCUUCCCGCCUGCAGGAGUUUACAGGUUUCGAUCCCACGGGAAGAAUAUGAGGUUGCGAGUGGAGAAGAUAUUAUUCUGACAUGUUCCUUUAUUCCGGCAAAACCCAACUUCAACAUGCUACUUCUCACAUGGGAAGCGUAUCCAGACGUGGUCGAGGAUCCAAUGAAACCUGUGGCCACCUAUUUUUUAAACAACGCAGUUGACAUCGCCCCCCCGUAUGAAGGCCGGGCAUUCAUGGAAGUGGAUAUUGUCAAACAACAGAGCACACUGCAUCUCACAAAGGUGACCAUACAGGACAGCCGUCAUUUCCAGUGCAGCGUCAAGAUACCAAAUGAUGAUGAAGGAACAACUGCGGCCUCAACUUCCCUGUUGGUGCUGGUUCCUCCCUCCAAGCCUCUGUGCAGGCUGCAGGGAACAGCAGAAUAUUGGCACAAUGUCACCCUCAACUGCGUGUCUGAGGAGGGCUCCCCAAAACCGACCUAUGAAUGGAAAAGCUACAGUGUAGAAAACAUACCCAGACGAUUUCCGCCCAAAACUACUGAGAAAGAUGGAGCACUUUCCCUGUUUAAUAUUUCAAGAGAGACGUCUGGAUUCUUUAUCUGCGUAUCAACAAACCGGGUUGGCUCCGACAGCUGCAACUUCACCUUAGCAGUGAUGCCUGGCGGCAUGAAAUUCGGGAGCACAGCAGGUAUAAUUGUCGGUGUUGUCGCUGGAUUUAUUCUUCUCGGCAUUCUCAUCUUUUGUUGCUACAAGAAAAGGUCAAAAAAGAAUAAGAACGUUGACAGAUCCUCCAAAGAAAUUCAAUUUUCAGAUGCUCCUGUGGCCAGAUCUCAAUAUCAGGAUGAGGAGUCGAAUGCUGAAAAAAAUCAAGAGGAAUACAAAGACGCUGUUCCACAAAACAGUCACAACAUUGGAACUGUUGGACUCACAUCAGAAGAUAAUCAUCUUGGUUCCAAUAGUGGUCGAUAUAUGAAUGAGCGAGACCAGGCUAGCCAGGGUAAUCAAUAUCAUGGUAGUCGUGAGUGCCUUGAUAGGAAUGAGUACAGCGGAAGUCGUGACAGGCUUGAUGAUCACCGCAACAGCCGAGACCGGCUUGACGAUCAUCGCAAUCAUUAUGGCGGAAGUCGGGAUCGCCUAGAAGAACGGAAUGACUAUAGAGGAAGUCGCGAUAAGCUCGAACAACGGAAUGACUACAGAGGAAGUCGCGACAGGCUCGAUGACCAGCGCAGUCGCUUCAGUCACGAUAGGCUUGAUGAUCAGCGUAAUCUUUACGGUGGCAGUAGAGAUCGCCUGGAAGAACGGAAUGAAUACAGAGGAAGUCGCGACAGGCUCGACGAUCAGCGCGACCGGUAUGGUGGAAAUCGUGAACGCCUUUAUGACGACUACAAUCACUAGCUUCUGUAUUUGAUGUUAAGAAAAAUAAGUGGAUACAUUUAUUUUUUUUCUUCAUUUGUUUUAACACCGAUUUUUGUUUUCAUUGUGGCGGUUUUUAACAUGCAAGUCUGGGAAGGGCAAUUUCAAUGCUGGAGGGGGCCAUAUGCUUCCUAAACAGUUGUAUGAAAAAGGCCAUUCAAAUAUGGACAAAAGACACAUACUUACAGGCAAAAUAUGUGCUCUUAAUAAUAAGACAGUUCUUAAGGUAUGUACAGUGCUGUACAAAAUAUCCACUAUUCAGCAAUACAGGGUUUGAAGCAAACAACAAAAUAACUACAUAUGUCUGUUUUUUUUUUCAGUGCAAAGGCUGUUGUGCAUAAAAAAAAAUCAUUCAAGGCACAAAACUGCUUAACAGCAGACCAACAUAAAGUGCAAGCACUAAUUUUAUAUAUGUUUCAUGAAAAUCAACUCACUCCAAUUUCUUAUAUUAUUGAGGCACUACGUUUGUCCUGCAUGUAAUUCCAAACCAGCAAGAAAAUAUUAGAGGUACUGUAAUAGAAGACAGUAUAAGACCUGGUGCAAGCGCAAAAAAUAUCAAUUUCUACCAUCUAGUGGAGGUGAUUCAAGAGGUACAGGCCGUGAACGUUAAAACUGUGUUUUCCAAUGAUGCAAUGAGUUAAUUUGAUUUGUUGGAAAUGGCUUGGUAAGGCUCCCAAUCUGACAACGAUUCAAUAAUUUACCAUGCAAUAUCAGUUUUGAAUAAAUGUGUCAUUUAUCAGUUUUGAAUACAUUUUAUCAUUUAUGUAUUUGGGAAUGUAGCAUGUAAAUCCGACUGAAUCAGGAAGCGUUUAAUACAUGCAACACAUCUUUUUGUACUGAAAAUAAAAAAAUAAAAAACGUAA